GUUACAAAACUUCCGGUAGGAGGUGAACAGAACGGCCACAACAAUUUUGCCAGAAUGGCGUGGUAACUGACGAUCGGCAUAAAUAUAUAUGAUGCAGCCACCUCCUAGAAAGGUAAAACACGCUGCCGUUUUGAAAAACAUACAUUCAGAACAGGUGUCAAAGCUUCAAGCAAAACAUCAACAAGAAUGUGAAUUACUGGAAGAUAUCAGGAAUUUUAGUAGACAGAGAUCAAUAAUAGAGAAAGAAUAUGCUCAGAGCCUGCUGAAAUUGACCACAAGCCUUUUGAAAAGAGAAUUUUCUGCCACACCAGAUCUUACAACAGAUGAUGGCCAUGAACAUAAAACGGCUUUGGGAGUAUGGAGGACAAUUCUGGAAGAGACAGAACGACUCGCCAAGGCUCGCCUUCAGGCAGCUGAAAUAUACAUGGAGAAAAUAGCUGAGCCUUUGAAACCUCUUAAAUCUGCAAAAAUACAAUGUUAUAAAAAGAUGGUACCCCAGUUGACCACCUAUCAACAAGAAGUUAGUCAGACUGUGAAUGAGAUGGUCAAAUCACAGAAAACCUAUAAUAUUGACCAGACACUGACCCAUGAUGCAAGACAAAAAUCUGCUGAGGCUAACGACAGAUUAUCAAGAAAAUCUACAGGAAUUUUCACUUCCCUUGCAAGUUUACAGAAAAAUUGUGCCAAGUUAAAUACCCGACGAGACGGAUGCGAAGUCAAAUCUACAAACUCACGAAAUGAAUAUUUAUUAUGUUUAGCUGCAAGCAGUGCUCAUCAACAUCGGUAUUACUCAACAGAUUUACCCGAUCUCAUAGACACAUUAGACGGUGAUAUGUACGACCAUAUUAGAGAUUAUUUUCUGACCUAUGGGAAAGCUGCAUUAGAUGUCAGUACUCAGGAAAAAUCUGCUUGUGAAAAUAUAUUCACUGAAGCUGAUUUAAUUGACAGAAAUUUUAAUCACCAGUGCUUUCUAUAUUGUAAUAAAAUAUUAACAGACAAAGUGCAAUACCAGUUUGAACCAUGUCAUAACGAUAAGUGCAAUAAAAUAUCCAAGGAACAUGGAGCAGACCUUCAAGUUGAUAAAGAGGCCAGAAAAUGGGCCACAAAAAUAGCCAAGGAGACCAAAGCCAUCAGGGACCAUGAAAAAACACUCAAGGCCCUUGAGGCCACUGCAGCAGGAGAUUUGGGAUCUGACUCUGGAACAGGAAUGGAAAACAAUCAACAAGAGAUUGAACAGAAAAUAGAAGAAAUGAAACAGCACAUCAGGAAAGCUGAAACUGCCAAAGAUAAGGCUGAGGCCAGGAUAGAAAUGCUCCGAGAUUCUGGAGUAAAUGUUGAUGAAUGGUUAGCCAGUGCUCAGGCUGAAAGUUUGCGGGUAGAAGAAGAUGCAAUGUCCAGAAGUUCUAGUCAAGUGUCUGUUAGGAGUGAUAGUACAGGAAAGAUGAGCAAUGAAAUAGAACAAACGUAUACAAAAUAUGAUGAUGAUGAUGAUUUCAUUGAUGACACAUUUGAAGCUACAAAAUAUGACGAUAGUUACCUCUCACAUGGAAGUUCUGAACAUGCAUAUCCUGUGCCAAAGAGAUGUCGUGCUAUUUAUGAUUUUCAGGCCAGUAAUGGAGAUGAACUUGACAUGGUGGAAAAUGAACAAUUAGAAAUAAUCAGUAGUGGUGAAGGUGAUGGCUGGGUCAAAGGUCGAAAUCAUGAAGGUCGUGAAGGUUACAUUCCAGAGAAUUAUGUAGAAUUUUUUGGAGACAAUGAAAAUAUUGAGUUUCAUCCUGUGACUCAGUCUGACUUUCAUGGGCAAUCACCUCCACAGACUGAGGUAGUGUCGCCCACCUCGUCAAUAGAUCCAAUGAGACAGGAAGUGACAUCAUAUUCCUCUAGUGACAUGGAGGUACAGAUGACAACCAAUACAAUGCCAGUAGAUAAUCCUGAUCUGUCAGAUGGAAUUUGGGCCAGAGCCUUGUAUGACUAUUCAGGUUUAUCUGACGAGGAAUUAUCAUUUAAUGAAGGAAUGAUAAUAAAAGUUCUACGUAAAGAUGAUAACGGUGUGGAUGAUGGCUAUUGGGAGGGAGAAAUAAACGGGAAAGUUGGUGUCUUCCCGUCACUGGUAGUGGAGGUACUACACUCGGGUUUGAAGGUUCUUCCACAGUUAUCUCCCCCACCUGUCACCAUAACACCGGCCACACCAGCUGAGGAGAUUGCUCCAUCACCAUUAUCACCAUCAUAUAAACAAGGUGACACUGUAGAUGAUAUAGGUAGUCAAAGAAAUGAACAGAUUUCAAAAAAGGUCCGAUUUACCUCAACCUCCCUGAAUCAACAACACCACAGUGGAUAUAAUAGUUAUGAUGAUUGUGAUUAUUAUGAUUAUGAUUUUGAUGAAGAUGGAGAAGAAUCUGUUGUAUGAGGACGGCAUCAACUGUAAUUGUUUUGUACUGACCUUUACCAGGAGAUGAGGUCAGGAUCAACUGUAACAGUUUUAUACUGACCUUUACCAGUGGAAUAAUCUUUUGUAUGAGGUCGGGAUCAACUGUAACAGUUUUAUACUGACCUUGACAAGGAGAAUAAUCUGUUUUAAAGGCAGGACCAAGUAUACAGAAGGGAAAUAACUCUUUUAAUUCCAAGGAAAAGGUUAUAUGCCAGCUGUGUUAUGAUGACCUCAGUGAGGUCAAGGACAAAAGCAUCAACUUUAUGUAGGAAUAUCCACUGCAGUUGUGAUCAGGGUUAAAACAAAUUGUGCAUUAUAUCGUAGAUAUGCAAGUUUAGUGCUAUUAUCAUGUUGUUUUUAUAACAUUUGUACUUGAAUGUUCUAAUUAUUCAGUGACCUUUUGAAAAGGUCAAUAUUAUAAAUACUGAAUUGAAUCACAUCUUUGUUGUCAAGAUAUAUGACUUAUUUAUAGCAUGACAAUUGUGUAUUGGAUUUUUAACAAAAAUAUUUGAUAUUGUUUUAUAGACAAUCUAGCAUAUGAUAAAGUUUGUCAGAUACGAAACUUUUGUAAAGUGAGCUGUUGUUUCAAAUGUUAACAAGAUGAACAGGCUUCUUGCUCCUUUGA